UUAUUCGGUUAUGCCGAAUUCGAUCAGGUAAGUAGGUAACUUAGCAGAUUUAGGUAUAGGUGAUGAUUUAUGUAGGAAGGAAACUGCCUUCCACUCGACUCGCAUGAGUUCAAACGUACAUUUAAUGGAAGUAGUAUGAUCGCUGCGAUCAAAAGUGAUAUUUUUCCAGUUUUCCCAGUACACAUUAAAGUAAAGUUUCAUGCCGGUACGCCGCACUUGGGCGCAAUUAAUUCAAUCUGGUCGUAAAAUUGCACUUGAACUGGCUCCCACCAGAGGAUAAAUAGGCCCGGCUUUUGGCUGGAUUCCGUCAGUGCUCGCUCGGCUAAAUCGGCGUACAGUGAUUACGGACUACGGACAGCGAAACACGGAGAAAUGCAGCUAACCGGUGCCUCUAUGUGCCUUGUGUGGAUGGGUCUACUCUGCUGGGUGUCCCAGGGAGUCGAUGCCUCCGAAGGAUUUCCAUCGCCGCUGAAGCGCUGCAAGCUCGAGGAUGAGACCUGCUUGGUGGCGCAGGCGCAGACCUUUUUCAAGGCCUUCAAAAACGGCAUUCCGGAGCGGCACGUGGGCUCGCUGGAGCCCAUUGAAUUGGACAGGAUCCGCAUCGAGAGCGGCGGACACUCGGAUUCGCUGCAGUUCAAGCUGCUCAUAAGCGAUGCCAAGCUCCACAAUCUGUCCACAACGGCGAUAGUCAAGGGCCUGAAGGGAUUCACCAAGGACCUAACCAAGCCACUCAAGCUGACCCUGCUCAUGGAAAACCCGGAAGUGGAGGUGCAUGCCAAGUACGAUGUGGACGGCAAGCUGCUCAUCCUGCCCAUCGUCAGCAAGGGCGACCUGACCAUUCGGCUGAAGGACGUGCAGGUAAAGACGCGGAUCACCGCGGAGCCAGUGAAGCGCUCCGAUGGCCACACCUACCUCAACGUCACCGACUGCAAGGCGCUUUCCAAGAUCAAGCGUGGCCAGUUUGACCUAUCGAACCUGUUCAGCGACAACAAGGAGCUGAGGGAUAGCACCCUGAAGGUGCUGAAUCAGGAGUGGGACACCCUCGCCCUCGAUGUCCAGCCGAGGGUCAACGAUGCCUGCUGCAAGGCCUUCAAGAGCAUCCUGCAGGGUCUGUGGGCCAACAUACCCUACGACGAGUUCUUCGAAGCGGAAUAAGCGUGAAACAUGCACAUUGCAACCUUGCCUCUCCAGUUAUACUACGUAGUUAUCCGCAGCUAAAUUCUCUUCCCGAUGGAAACCACACUGAGCCAGGUGUGGGCGUUGGUUUUUACAUUUAAUGUACAAUAAAUUAAACAGAUUCUAUUUGCAACACUUAA